CCUUAUCGUCAAACAUAUAUAUAUUCACACAGGAAUUUAGAUGUGACCCGAAUUCAUUCAUCGAAAAAGUCGAGGGUUCAAUUCAACAAACUUGAAGCAAUUGUUUUCAGAGAACGAUAAUCUUCAAAACCCCUUUUCGGUGCCGACGAACGAAUCUUGAAAUCUUCAUCAUUCACACACAUUUGAUUUCAAUCGGGUCUUGAUCUUUAUCAACCGUUGAUCACUUCUUGUUGUUAAAUUCAGUAUCUUUUUCAAUUUCCCCAAAUACCCUUUUUCAGAUUAUUGAUCAAUUGAUUUGGGUCAACAGGAAUUGGGAUUUUGUGGGUUUGAUGGAUCUGAAAGUGGGUUUUUGGUCAUGAUGGCUCUGGGUUUUUAAUUAUGAUAAUAAUGGGUUUGCAGUCUUCUGGUAGAUUAGUUUUAGUUUGACUAUUUAUGUGUUGUUAUAAUAACAUUUGGAUAGUGGAAUUUUGUGGUGAAUUGUGGUGGAGUGGUCAUGGAUGAGGUCAACACUGUGGUGGUGGCAGAUGAGAGGUUGGUAUCUGCUUCCCGUUCGGUGCGGUGGAGUCCGAAACAGCUUGGUUUUCAACCGUAUGCCGCCCCCGUGGUUGGUAGCGGUGAUGCCAGAACGCGGAAUUCGAGUGGUUUUGUUAAAAGACCUCUGGUAUCAAGAUUAACCAAGGAUAUUGUUGAGACAUACCGAAUCUGCAAUCCACAGUUUAAUUAUUUAGAAGAAUUAAACCCCAAACGGUUUUUGACAAGCCCGUCUGCUGGAGUACUCAAUGACGGUUUCGAUAACGAAAAUUCAGACUUUAUUUUGAGCGUAAAUUGUUCCCUUGUUAAUCCAGAAACUCACAGAAGAUAUAUUGUAAAAGAUAUGCUCGGGCAGGGGACAUUUGGGCAAGUUGCUAAGUGUUGGGUUGCAGAACUCGACCGUUUUGUUGCCGUUAAAGUUAUAAAAAAUCAACCUGCUUACUAUCAACAGGCGUUGGUUGAAGUUUCCAUAUUGACAACAUUAAACAAAAAGUUUGAUCCUGAGGAUAAAAAUCACAUUGUUCGAAUUUAUGAUUACUUUGUAUAUCAACGGCAUUUGUGCAUUGCUUUUGAACUGCUCGAUUCAAAUUUGUAUGAGCUUUUAAAGCUAAAUAAAUUCCGCGGAUUAUCAUUGAGCAUUGUGCAACUAUUUUCAAAGCAGAUUUUAUAUGGAUUAGCUCUGAUGAAGGAUGCUGCUAUUAUACAUUGCGAUCUUAAACCUGAGAACAUCCUUUUAUGCACAAGUACCAGAACCAGAUCGGAUCCUCCAGAAGUCAAAAUUAUUGACUUUGGAUCUGCUUGCAUGGAAGAUCACACCGUUUAUUCUUAUAUCCAGAGUCGAUACUACAGAUCACCUGAAGUUGUUCUUGGCUAUCGGUAUACAACUGCUAUAGACAUGUGGUCAUUUGGAUGCAUAGUUGCUGAACUAUUUCUUGGCCUGCCACUAUUUCCCGGGGCGUCAGAAUUUGAUCUUCUAAAACGAAUGAUAAAAAUAAUUGGGGAACAACCGCCUGAUUAUGUACUGAAAGAGGCCAAAAACACUAGCAAAUUCUUCAAAUGUGUAGGGACCGUAAACCAUGAAGAUGGUAGUCAAGCUUCUUCUUCUGGAAGAAGUAUUUACCAAGCUUUAAGUGAAGAGGAAUACGAAGACAGGGAGAUGAAAAAACCGCCGAUAGGAAAAGAGUACUUCAGUCACAUGAAUCUCGAAGGAAUAGUUACAAAGUAUCCUUACAAGAAAGAACUGAAAAAAGAAGAGGUUUUUAGAGAAAGUCAAAUGCGACUAUCGCUGAUUGAUUUCUUGAAGGGACUCGUAGAAUUUGAUCCAGCCAAGCGGUGGUCACCUUUGCAGGCUUCUAAGCAUCCUUUUGUUACUGGAGAACCUUUUACCUGCCCUUAUAAGCCUGCUCCCGAGACUCCUCGUGUGCCCGUUUCGCAUAAUGUCAAGGUUGAUCAUCAUCCUGCUGGAGGUCAUUGGUUUGCCGCAGGUCUCUCGCCUAACGUUCUAGGUGGAAAUCGGGUUGCAAUGUAUAACAACUCUCAUUUUCAAGUAAUGCCUCCGUAUGCACACGGGAACAAUUUCGGAAGUUUAGGAAGUCACGGCAGUUAUAAUGACGGCACCGGACUUGGAAGUAGUUACGGCAGCUAUGGAGAUAACAGUAACAUGCUUGCUUAUUAUUCACCGGUGGGCCCAUCUGCUAUGAACAACUAUGCACAAAAUAUCCCAGUUCUUGGAAGUAGUCCCGAUGCUAGGCGAAGAAUUAUGCAAAUCCCACCUGGAAACGGGUUCGCGUUCAGUCCAGCUGGCAAUUUAGCACCUAUGUCACUCGGCACAAGUCCUUCACAAUUCACUCCACCGUAUAACCAGGUGACAGCUGGAUCUCCUGGACAUUACGGCCCGAGUUCUCCCGCUAGAGGCGGGAAUACUCACGGGUCGCCCCUUGGAAAAGGAGCUGUUUCGGGUAAUCAGAUGAAUAGAAGAAAAGGAUGGGGGUAUUCUGGUAAUUUACCGACUCAAGAAAGCAAUUCGUCUGCACAUUGGCAAGGGCAGUUUCCCGAUGUUAAUUCACCGAAUUUAAACGCUGGAAACUGGAAACAACAGCAAAGGAAUAGUGGAAAUGCUGGGGCCCACGGUUCAAUUGGUUCGGGUAAACCUUUAUUGCAUCCGAAAAGUGCCGUUCAUGACAAACCCGAGAGUAGCAGUUCGUUGCCUGAUCCUGGGGACUGGGAUCCUAAUUAUAGUGAUGAACUGCUUUUGCAAGAUGAUUCUUCGGAAUUAAACAACAUGACAAUGGAAUUCAGUAAGAGUAUGCAAAUUAGUCAAGGUUUUACUCCUACAGAAUCUUUUGUUGGAGUUGGGCGAUUUAAUCAAAUGUCAAACUCAAAUAUGUCAAUACAAAGGCCAAACGGGCCUAUUCAAGCAUUCCCACAUGCAGAUGGAUCUCCCGAUGUGUAUGUUCACCCUAUGAUGCAUUCUUCCCAUCUAACGCCCCAUUUCUCUCAAUUUGCACCCAGCCGGUUGGGUCAACAGCAGCGAUUCAGUCACGGGCGGUCAAUGGGUGCUCGUGGUGGCGAAUGGAAUCAUGUCAAGGUCCAGCCCCCACUUUCCAAUUACAGCUCAGUGGGUCAACGUUCCCCCGGAAGCAACAACAAUGCGCCAUGGGGGCGUAGGGGCAACCAUCCGAUGGCGACCAAUAUUCUACCAUCUUCACAUGGUGGAAACGAAUAUGGAAGGAUUGCAUGAUGGUUACAGUUUGAAAUUAUAUAUAGAAAAUAUGGACUGUAAGGAAGGAAUGUUGUGAUGAUAAUUGGUAGUUGAAGUAUGACUUAUGGAUGUGCAUUCAUAGUGAUUCUUUUUAUUUAAGACUUAUGAAACUGGCUUCCUUCUAUUUCUUCAUUUGUUGCUAUUUUUAUUUCUUCUUUUGUGGGAUGUCGAAAACGAGAAGGCGUAAAAGGGUUUGUUCAUUUUUGUUUGAA